CACCAAUCAGUGCCAUAUAUCGAUCAAUCGAACUGUGUAAUUAAACUAAUUAGGAACAAAUCAAAUCAAAUAAAAAAAAUGACCUGACACCUGGCACCUGUUGGCAAUGGGUCGAUCGUUGACAACAGGUGUGUAAGAUGUAAAAAAGCAGAUGCUAUCAUCGAAAAUCUGAAAUUUGAUGGCUUUUUUUUCAAAAAAAAAAAAAAUUUCAUCCACACAUUACAUUAUUCGAUCAACGUAUAAACUAGACGUUUUUCUAAUUGAACAACUUGCAACGCACAAACAUUGUACACGUGCAUGUUUUAAUUUUUUAUUAAAAUUUUUUUCUUCGGUAAAAAAAUAAAAAAUUGGUAAUGUAAUGAUGGUGAAAAAUCAAUUCGAUUAUGAAUUUCAUACAAUCAUUUUGGCUGCUGGUCGUGGUUCUCGUAUGAACCAUAUUUUACAUGGCCGUCCUAAAUGUUUACUGCAGAUCGCCAAUCGGCCAAUGAUACAGUAUUCGUUGGAAUUACUUCAACGUCAUCAUAUUCAAGAGGCUUUUAUUAUCGUUUUGGACAAUGAAGAACAUCAGAUUAAAAAUGCAGUUACCGCUUUAGGUUUGGAUAUUCAAUUACGAUUUGUUACGAUACCACAUGCUGGAGAUUAUGCUACUGCCGAUAGUUUACGAGCUAUUCAAAAACAGGAAAAACUAACAAAAGAUAUUCUUCUUGUAUCAUGUGAUCUUGUAGCCGAUAUUGAUCUUGAGCAAUUUAUUCAACUAUAUCGACUUCGAAAUGCAUCUUUUUUGUGUGCCUUUUCAUCACAAUGCUAUCCAAAGGAAAACCUAAUGCCUGCAAUCAAAUUGGCCGAUAAUUGUAAAGAAUUCGAUUAUAUUGGUUUGGAUGGAAACGAUUCUAACCGGUUGGUUUUCUUCGAACCCGAUGUUAUGUUCACUACGGAUUCGAUUCCAUUAAAACGUUCGAUUUUGGAAUGUUGUCCAUAUUUUCAACUAAGAACCGAUCUAAUUGAUUCACAUAUUUACCUUUUCCGCAAUUGGAUACUCGACUAUCUACAACAUGAAACUGGUAUUCGAUCGAUUAAAUUUGAUCUGUUACCAUCAUUAGUGCGGAAACAAUUUCGACGUCAAAAUUCCGAUCGAUCAACUGAAUCAAGUCGACCAUAUGAAAAUGAUGAACAAUCGAAAAAAUCAAAACGAUUUAUCGAUUUUAUUCAAAUACCAGAAUUGGAAACUUAUAUGGCCGAUAUAAAUCUGAAUCAAAUCGAUAAUGAAAAUCAUGAAAAGAAAUCAAAAUCAUCAUUGAUCAAUUGCGUCGCUCUAAUCAUUGACACUGGUCAUUUAGUACGAGUGAAUAAUUUGUUGGGAUUUUGCCAAGCUAAUCGAUUUCUAAUUGAUCAAAAAUCAAUUUCAAAUAAUUCAUUGAUCAACCAUAAUUCAAAAUUGGGUGAAAAAACUAUGCUAAAACGAACUGUAAUUGGUAAUAAUUGUAAAAUUGGUGACCAAUGUCAUUUGACCAAUUGUAUCAUUCAAGAUAAUGCAACAAUCGAAAAUGGUUGUCAAUUGAUCAAUUCGGUUAUAUGUUCAGAUGUUUAUUUAGAGGGAAAUGUUGUACUGGAAAAUUGCAUAGUCGGUCCACGAUAUCGAGUGGGUGAAAAAAGUCAUUAUCGUAAUGAAUCAUUGAUACAAGAAAUGCUUGAUUUGAUCUGAUAAAUAAAUCUAUUUUAUUUUUGUAAUAUGA